CCCUGCACAAAGCCGAUAGCGAUUCGACACUGGCCAGUGUGAUACCCACCAGUCGAAUUGAGGACUCCAGGUCUCCACCACUUGUUGACAACUUUAUCCGAAUAUUGGAGGCCAAGCAUAAAAUCUCAGCUCAUGAUGGCUCUUGGCCUGUGGUCGUACCAUACAUCCGCGCCCCUUUCAUGCGUAAUUCAGAUUCAGGGGAUGACGAGGGGUGGGGUGAUAUAUCCACUAGUGCCACCCCUACAAAACACGAGAUUUGGUGUUGGAG